AUGUCGUCCACUCAAUCUAAGCCAAUGGGUGUACAAAAACGGCAGAAGAAUCCGAAUCGUUGCAAGCCGAAAUCUAAAGGUGGUUGUCAGAGAUGCAAGCAGAGGAGGCGUAGAUGUGAUGAGGCAAGGCCUAGCUGUCAAGAAUGUGUGAAGAAGGGCUUUGAAUGUCCUGGGUAUCAGAAAAAACCCCUUCAGUGGCGAUACGUGUUUCAAGAAAGCGAGGAAGAAGCCUCGCCAGAACAAGAGCCACUUUCAUUUGUGCAGCCACGGCUUGAGACUCAAAUACAAAAUGAAGAUCAUUUUGAACAUGUACAAGAGUUGCAAGACCUCUGGGAUGAGGCCAGCUCAUCAUUAUUCAACCAAUUACCAGGCUUCGAUGCCUCUGUGAAUAUCUGGUCAAAAGACCAGACUGCAUCAAAUGGGCCGCCAGCUGUCAAAGAUGGACGUCGAUCAGACAGUCUUGCAAUACUGCACCGUCGCCUAGCAAAUACCGCAAUUCCAUCUUUUCUUAUCCACACGCCGGCCAUUUUAGUGCAAUAUUACUUCGACUAUGUCUGCAAAUCCUGGUCAUCAUUUGAUUCACCAUUGAACCCGUUCAGAAUCAUAGUCAGUCGUCUUUGGAGUCGAAAUGCGGCUAUCUACUACGCGAUUCAAAGCAUGGCAGCGGCAUCACUGGCCAAUGACUUCCCUGGAAUGAGGGCGAUCGGCAUCCAGACGCAGCAGCAAGCGAUUGCCUGUCUCCGGAAUAAUCCAAGAGUAGGAUCUCUACAUCGCGACAAUCAAGAUGAUGAGUUCUUUCUGGCUCUCCUAAUGAUCGGAUGCACAACAUCUUGGCACGAUGCGGCUGACUUAGGACUUGAAUAUCUGAAAGAGGCCAAAGACUACCUCGAACGUCAAAAAGGCAUGUGCCCGAGUCCUGAGUCAACACUUGCCAAGCAAUAUCCUUUGUUUCAACAAUGUCUUCUAUAUUGGAACAUGUUGGCUGCUUUUGUAGCCGAAGACUCGUUGCUACUUAAUGGAGAGAGCGUUUUAGAAAGACCGAAUUCAGAGACAUCCGUGUAUUUAGUUGACGGACAGGCCCUUCCUCACCCCUGGACGGGCCCACUAUCCAAGGCGCUGAGUAUAUUCUACCAGACUGCACGAGUAGUCCGAGCUGCACGUAUCUCGUCUCGGACUCACGGGGCCGACAUCAAUCUGUCACUAUUUGACUUCGACUCUCUAGUUGAAGAGCUUGAUCUGCAAAAAGAUGCGGGGCGCCUUGAGGAUGAGAUUCUGUUCACUGGUCUCUCAUCAUUCUGCGGGCCUGUCGAUACAGGCGAUACGGACACACCUCCUGCCCAUUUCAUCACCCUAGCAGAGGCGUAUCGAUGUGCUGCACUCCUGCAAAUAUACCACGUCUUUCCCGACAUUCUCGAUGAGCGACUGCGACUGAAUGAGAGACAUGGGGUCGAAGUCCCAGCAUUAUUCCUACUCCUCUUUCCUACGGGCGAAGACAAUCAGGCUCCAUCAGUAGAGGAAGCUCGUCGCAUUCUAGCGCUCCACAUUGUGUCACUUCUGGACCAACUACCCGCAACAUCAGGGACACGGUGUAUGCACCCGAUUCUCUUUACUUGCAUUUCUAGCGAUCUUGUGUUUUCAAAUCAGUCUCUACUUGGACCCACUGCGAAUGCGAUAUCUUACCUUAAUACUCUAGAUAUUGAGAUCGCGCAGGCUAGAAGGAAAAUUAGCUUGUGGUUAUCAGAACUCAGUUUGAUACUUCCUAAGCUACGACUACAGCGUGUAGCGAAGAUUGUGCAUGGAACUUGGGAUCUGGCGGACUGUGGCAUGGCUCAGUAUUGGCUGGAUACUAUGAUCGAUCGGAACCUUGAGACUAUUAUGGGAUAA